AUGUCUGAAGAUCAAGAAAUUUCUUCCUCUGUGAUCGAUUCACAUGUUGAUGAAUCCAAUUCAAAUUCACCUAAUUCUAACGACGAUUUAACCAUCAUUGCUCAAAAUCCAAUUAUUAUUGAUGAAUCUAAUUCAAAUUCAGAUAAUUCUAACCAGGGUUUAACCAUCAUUGUAAAAAAUCCAAUUAUUCUUGAUGAAUCAAAUUCAAAUUCACUUAAUUCUAGCCAGACAUCCACAAUCGAGGCUCAAAAUGUAACUAUUAUUAUACCAGAAUCCCGUUCAAUUCUACCUCAACUCAGUUUGGAUUUUGGAGUUGACCCUCGAUAUGCAACUAUUUUUGCUAAACAAACACAUAUUGGAACUAACCAGAAUUUUUCCUAUGACAUCCAUUCUUCGAAUGACCCAAAAGUUAAAGAGGGAAUUGAAAAGUUUAUCAUUGAAUCCACAAUUGAUGCUUUUGAGAGGCUAAAGAACAUGCCCGACAGAACUGAUGGUAUACCCAAUAGAGUUUUAGACUAUCUGGGUGGAUUUGUUGGAUUUAGUAAUAGAACUACCAAAGGUUCUGAUAAAACUACUAAUGAUGAUGCACACCAAUCAGAAAAUUUUGAAUUAAUUUCAGUAGAUACCAAUGAUAUACCGUUAGACAAGGUUGAUGUCGUACAUGGAGAUAAUUACAUAAUUAAACCAAAGAAAGGUUUUGGUAUAUCUAAAUUAACAGAAGCUAAUGAAUUAAUGUGGAAAUCAAAUAAUUCGUCAAAAUAUGUAAAACAGUUUCUAUUGUACAAUGAAGGUGAUAAGUAUUGUGCUUUCUUAUUAUUAAAUGAUAUGUCAUUGGUUUCAUUAGAGAGAACAGAUUGGAGUAAAACAUGGGAAAUAGUCCCAAACAACUUCAAUUUCAAUGAUUUAAUUGGUAUAAAUAAAAACCAUUAUCAUGAUCCAGUAUUCGAGUUCCUUACUGAUUUCCAUGAGCAUUUUCUGAUAAUCUUCAUGCCAUACCUGAUGGAAAAGAUUAUCUACAAAGAUUCACUUGUUUUCAAUGAUAAUGGUAAUUAUCCAUUAUUUUUAUCAGUUGACUUGUUAACCUGUCAGAUAAAACCUCAUCUAUAUCAGGUUAAGAUAAACCAUUAUUUAGCCCGAUUUCAGUUGGGACAUGAGCUAUCUGAUGUAGAGAAGCGUGGAGAAGAAGAUAUCCCAGUUUUGGAAAAUAUUGGAGAAUUUAUUAGUAGUAUCCAUGAAACUAAUGAAAUGGAUGAAGGAAAUAGUUCUGAAAAAUUAACAAAUGAAUUAAGGGACCGUUAUACAAAUUCUACAAUCACUAUACAUUCAAAUUCCGAUGGUUCUUCAUCUCCAGAAAAUCAACAGAAAUUUGAAACUGAAAGUGUUAACAAUUGUGACAGAAAUGAACCACUGAUCAAAUAUGUGGAACUGGAUAUUAAUGAAAGGCUUUCUGAAUUUAUUCGUCAAUCUUACAAAGAUUCUACUUUUUAUAAGAGCCCGAAACACACUCUUUUCGAUAAAGUAACAGAUGAUAAGAAAGUGAUUUGGAAAAAGAAGAAAAAUAGACUCUUGGCAAAAGAAGUCUACUUUUAUUUUGAUGAUAAUGUCAAAUGGGUAAUAAUUCUUUUGAAGAAUAAUACAUUGAAAUUCUACCACAAGCCAUCAGAUACUCGGGAGUGGACUGAUGUUUCAACAAAGAUGCUAAGUACUGAUAUAUUAAAGGUAAUUAAUAAAAAUUCGGGAAAACAAUCAAGAAUGGAUUUCAAUUUUGAUUUUUUCAGUUCAUUUUGUUUAAUUGAUCUCGGUAACGCUGUUAGUGUAGGUUACAAAGAUUAUGUUCAGUAUUUUAAGGAAUUUGGCAUUGAGCAUUCAGUUUGGCUAUUGUUCGAUGUUUUGACAAAGAGUGUUUACUUUAUUGAGUUUAUUUUGAAGACCCAGAAUCAGCUAACCAACCAGCAUUAA